GUGGAGAUCCUGGGAGCGCUGGUGGACAGCAAGUUGACCAUGAGCCAGCAAUGUGCACCUGUGGCCAAGAAGGCCAAUGGUAUCCAGGGCGGCAUGAGGAAGAGCAUUGCCGGCAGGUCAAGGGAGGUGAUCCUUCCCCUCUGCUCAGCCCUGGUGAGGCUGCACCUGGAGUGCUGUGUCCAGCUCUGGGCUCCCCAGUACAAGAGAGAUAGGGAGCUCCUGGAGCGAGUCCAGUGGAGGGCUGCUAAGACGAUUAAGGGACUGGCGUGUCUGUCAUAUGAGGGAAAGGCUGAGAAGGCUGGGAUUGUUUAGCCUAAAGAAGAGAAGGCUCAAAGGGAUCUUAUUGCAGUGUAAAAAUAUCCGAAGGGCAAGUGUAAAGAAGAUGGAGCCAGGCUCUUCUCAGUGGUGCCCAGUGACAAGACGAGAGGCAGUGGGCACAAACAGAAACACAGGAAGUUCCAUAGAGAACGUAGAGAAAAACUUCUUUACUGUGAGGAUGACUGAGCACUGGAACAGGUUGCCCAGAGAGGUUGUGGAAUCUCCUUCCUUGGAGAUAUUGAAAGCUGUUAUCAGAUACAAUCCUGUGCAACAUGCUCUAGGUUACCCUGCUUGAGCAGGGCGGUUGGACUAGAUGAUCUCUAAGGGUCCCUUCCAACCAUAGCCAUUCUGUGAUUCUGUAUGAACAGACCUGAGGGACCCCUUCAAGCUGCAUCCAGCUGCUGUUUCUGACUUUGCAAUGUGAUGGCCUGCUGGAUGGAGGCACCAAUACCUAUUGACCUCUUCUUUUCAGGGAUGUUUAGAUUCCAAAGCUAAAGCCAGCAGAGAUAAAAAAGCCUGUAAAAGGCCAUGCACCACCUUGCUGAGAAAAAAGGCAAAGGGUUCAAACAAGGAAUUUCUGGGAGUUAAUAGAGCUGUCGAGAUGACAGACUAGGCAUUGUUAAUUGUGAAAACCCAACCAAUAAUCCACAAGGAUAAUCAGCUAUGUAAUGGGCAGUGAAACACAUGUAUUUGAAGAACCUAUGUCUUGCCAGAAAACCUCUGCCCCCAGUAUGUCUCAAUUGUUUUGUAUCUGCCUGGAAAGGCCAGAGCUUUGAGCAACAUAGGCAUACAUAGCGUUAUCCAAAGAUCAAGAGAUAGACUAGACUCACAACAUGGAGUUAUUUCUCUGCUGGAAUCCUCCAACCCUACCCCACUUUCUGUGGAGACUGACUGCUCACUUAUUUUGUUGUAUGGCUAUGGCUGUAAUUUAGAUGCUGUAACUCUUUAACUGUCACCCUUCAACUAAUCAUGUGCCUCCCUAUCCUUUUUUUGAGUUCUUAGACUUUGUGGCAUUUUAUCGAGUAUGGUAUUUGAGCUAGGGAAGGUAGCACACUGAUUAGGAGCCUGCAUGGGAUGUGGCUGCUAGAACUCAUCCAUAGACCUUGACCUGCUAGACCUUGAGUAUCAUGGGAAACUCCCAGAGCAUUCAACAGAAAAAGUGGAUCAUGAUGGUGAGCAGGGCUGUGAGAGCACGAAGUGUGAGAUACAUGAUAAGUCAUCUCUGCUCUUGCACUGACUCAGCCCCAGCACCAGUUAUCCAGAAAUACUCUCUUGCACUGACUCAGCCCCAGCACCAGUUAUCCAGAAAUACUCUGGAACUGAGUCUGAUCCACCCUGCUGAUGAUCAGCUUCCAGCAUAAUCAAGUCCUGCCCACCUAAAUGUGCUACCCAGCAAGAAUUACUCGAGGGUGUGACAGACAGCUUCCUGAAAGUGCUGAUGGGCUAACUCCAGCACCCAAAGGUUUUCCGUAAGCAUACCUGGAACUAGCUUGUAUUUUGCAAGAAGACAUUUCUUGAUGUUAAGAAAGUGGGAUCCCAAGAUGCUGAGAUCAGAGGGGGUUGAGGGGUGGUGGCAUGUGUACAAUGCCUCUGUCUGGGGAAAGGUGAAAUUUUCUGGAUGACGUUUGCAACAGACAUCCACUGGGAGAUGAUGAAUUACAAUUUCUAAGGACAUCUUUGUGAGCCUAAUGCUACUCCUUCCUGGACUCCACAAGCAGGAGCUGAAGGGAUUUCACCCUGCCUGUUGUCGUUGUAGAGCUGCCCCCUUCAACUUUAUCCCAUUGCUAGUGGUUCCUAAAUCUGCCGCAAUUCAGGAAAACAUGCUCCUUUCCUUCUUCCAGCCUGGAGAGUGGGCAACUGGUGGGAAAUGUUUCUAUUAUUAUCUUUACCUAGCUGUGCAGGUGAAGGAGGCAGUUCCAGAGAACUGCUGGGACACACAACAACCCAAUGCUUUGGCGCACAUUUGGCAACAGAUUGAUUUAAAGCUCCUUGGCAACUUAUUGCAACCAAGAGACAACACUUACCUGCUGAGGGUUUUGAUGGCAUCCAUCUUGAAGGGGGAGCUCUGAGCUGGCCUCAAGGCAGAUGUUGUUUAAUAGGCACUCCUUGGAGAGAGGUUGGAGGCCCUGUUUGCCCUUCCCAUGUGAGUUGUGGAGUAGUGGUGGAGAUUUCAUGUUCAGUCUGGAGUAUCCUCAGGUUUUGUAAAAGAGAGAUUGACCAUAUAACUGACCAUCCAACCUGUCAGAGCUUAAGACUGUGAAUUCAGAUUUAUGGGAGUUUUUCUCUUCUUGGCACAGUUGACUACACCAUACCCUGGGGAGAAGUGACAGGAGCAUAUGUCUUUCUCCUCAGCACGUCCUGUGGAAAGCACUGGUUGGCAUCUUGCUCAGCACCCUGCCAGCUGUGGUUCCCCUCUGACCCAAUUUCUCUUCAUGCACUGUGAUAGCCAGGCAGUAAUGUAGAGCUGUGUAUCCCUUUUGGGAAUUAGGUGCUUGGGACAUAGAUGUGGCUAAGCUGAAGUCCUCUCUGUUCGAGGGCUCAGGGCAUUGCCAGACUUUGCAUUUGCUCAGGGCCACCAGAGAUCCCAGAUGGAAUUCCAUUGCAAGCGGUAUCUCCUAGGAGACCUGCUGAAUUGCACAGCCGUACAUUUUGCCUACAUUGCUAAGCAAUCCUGUACUCUUGCAGGAGUCUCAAGUUCACAUUUAACGGUUCUGUCCCUAACAUUGUAUAACAAAGGGUUAUAGAGUUCUGUCUGGUGCAUCAUAAUUUCCGAAACAUAAGAUCUGCCGUAAGACUUCCUUUUUAAUAAAUGAAUCAUUUCUCUUGUAAUAAUUAAGUAAGACAGACAGCAAAAUGUGAGGCUGGAAUUUUUCUUCAAGGUUAUCAGUUAAAAACACUUUACUGGUAGAAAUCACCUUUAAACAUCCUUAAUUACUUGGCACUACUUAAACAGAAUUUGAUUGAGCUGAUAAGCAAAUUCUGGGCAGCAGAAGACCUUUCUAAAGUAUGUUCUUGCCUAAUGAUUUCUUUGUUUAAUAUCGCAGUGUGUUUGCAUUUAUUCUUCUCCAUUCUUGCUACUCCACCCUCGAGGCAGUUCAAAUAGGGUUGUCUUAAGAGAGAUGAAGAGUGCCACACAGCACACCAGCUAGAGGUGACCAAUAGUCCCUUGCUGCUGCUUGGUGCCCCAUCUUCCUCUUCUCCUGACUCUGCACACUAGACAUUGCUGUGGUACAUUGUCCAUCCAUCAGAGGGACUGGCAUUUCUCUGCCUUCUUCUAUAGGAGCUACCCUACCUCUCAGCUGGGCCGGUAGCCUUUGCCUUUUUAAAGGCAAACCCAGGAUGUGGCUGUCUAUAGUUCUGAUGUCCUUGGUCCAUGUGAUGGUAUCUGAGCAGCGGCUCUUUCGUUUUCCACGUGCUAAGAAUCCGGAAGCACAUAUGAACAUUAGUGAAAUGAUCUCUUUCUGGGGUUAUCCCAGUGAGGAGUAUGAUGUCGUAACAGAAGAUGGCUAUAUCCUUCAGAUUAACAGAAUUCCUCAUGGGAGAGGAAAUGCUGAAAACCAAGGUCCAAAGCCCGUUGCAUUUCUGCAGCAUGGUUUACUUGUAGAAGGAAGCAUAUGGCUUACCAAUUUGGCUAACAAUAGCCUGGGCUUCAUUCUCGCGGACGCUGGCUAUGAUGUUUGGAUAGGAAACAGCAGAGGGAACACUUGGUGCAAACGACAUCUGAGCCUCUCUCCCAUGCAAGAGGAAUUCUGGGCUUUCAGCUUUGAUGAAAUGGCUAAAUAUGACCUCCCAGCAAUUAUAAAUUUUAUUGAACAGAAAACAGGACAAAAACAGUUGUAUUACAUUGGUCAUUCACAAGGCACCACUAUAGCUUUUGUAGCCUUUUCCACUAUGCCUGAGCUGGCUCAGAAAAUCAAAAUGUACAUUGCUUUAGCUCCUGUGGCCUCAGUUAAAUUUGUUCGGAGUCCAGUAAAAAAGCUUGCACUCUUUUCUGACCAUGGGUUUAAGGCAAUGUUUGGCACCAAAGAAGUCUUACCACACACUUCCUCGCUUGAACUGUUCAUUACGAAAUUCUGCCUGCAUUCAAAGACCUGCAGGAGUGUCAUGUUUAUGCUCUUCGGGUUUAACUGGAAGAAAGUAAAUAUGACCCGAGUAGAUGUGUACGCGGCACGUGUCCCAGCAGGAACAUCGGUACAAAAUGUAAUCCACUGGAUUCAGACAGUUCGAAGUGGUACACUGAAAGCUUUUGAUGGGGGAAGCACGUAUAACAAUCUUCACUAUAAACAGAUGGUUCCACCACUCUAUGAUGUGAGAAACAUGAAAGUGCCAACUGCCAUCUGGAAUGGAGGAGACGACUGUUUGGCUGAUCCUAGGGAUGUUGCCCUCCUACUUCCACAAAUAGCUAACCUUGUUUACCACAAGUCAAUUCCUGAGUGGAACCAUUGUGAUUUCUUACUGAGUCUCGAUGCAACAGAGGUUUUAUAUAAAGAAAUCAUUGACGUGAUGAGGAGGAAUCCAUAGAAACACUGUUUGUAGACCGAGGAUUUGAUACAUUCUUGCUGAUAUGUCUUGUUAAAUUAAUAUUAUUUUAAGGAUUUUAAAAUUUAUGACUCUUUUGACUAUCUGAAUGUACUUGAAUGAAAAGUUCUGCAGUAAAUUUGAACAGUGACAGAGUAGGGGAAGGAGCCUGAGUACAUUUAUGCCAUUCACGAACUGCACAUCUUUACUUUCACAAACGUCAGCCAUGCUUUAUUUAUGUAGUGUAGGAAACAUAGGCAAGGAAAUUGGGCCUUCAGGCUUUUCAUUCAGACUAGUGUCACAAUGAUCUUUUCUCUGAGACACUGUGAAUCCUGUAUACCUAGAUAGACCUUUUAUGUGUGGUUAGCUUUAAAGUGCCUGCAGUUCCUCUGAGACCACACAGACUUAUGAAACUGGGUGUCUGGAACCAAUCCCAAGUCAGCUGAUUACUGGCAAAGUUCAUGAGGCCUAGAGAAUUCACUAUUGCUAUCUCAUGGCUCACACUGUUAUUCCUGGACCUGUAAAACUGCUAGCAUGGGUCAGAAAGAGAUCUAAGAGGUGAAAAAACACAGCAAUGUAUUUACGUGAAAAAUACCCAUAGCUGCAAUACUAGUGUCUCUGAAAUUCAAUAAAAAUAGUAGUUAAUUACA